GGGUGGGCGGGCUGUAGUGCAGCCCGUGCGCGGCCGGCUAUGCUGGGGGGCAUCUCCGGGGCCCGGGAGCGCGAGGCGGAGGGCGACGGGGCGGGGGCUGUGCCUGCGCCGCCUGCCAUCGACUUCCCGGCCGAGGGCUCGGACCCCAAGUAUGAUGGUGAGGGACCCGACUGCCGCGGAGGCCCUCCCCCGCCCCCGUCCAGCUUCCUUCCCUGGCGGGCAGAGUCUGAUGUUCCCGCAGAACUCCAGGUGCUGAAAGGACCCGGACAGCAGCCCACGUUCCCUUUCGCGGUCGCAAACCAACUACUGCUUGUCUCUCUGCUGGAGCACUUGAGCCACGUGCACGAACCCAGCCCGCUUCAUUCAAGACAGGUGUUUAAAUUACUUUGUCAGACCUUCAUCAAAAUGGGGCUGCUGUCGUCCUUCACCUGCAGUGAUGAGUUUAGCUCGUUGAGGCUACAUCACAACAGAGCUAUCACGCACUUAAUGAGGUCAGCGAAGGAGAGAGUCCGUCAGGGUCCUUGUGAGGAUAAUUCUCAUAUCCAGAAGAUCAGGUCGCGGGACGUAGCCUUUGAAGCACAAACUUCACGUUAUUUAAAUGAAUUUGAAGAGCUGGCCAUCUUAGGAAAAGGUGGAUAUGGAAGAGUGUACAAGGUCAGGAAUAAAUUAGAUGGUCAGUAUUAUGCAAUUAAAAAAAUACUGAUUAAAGGUGCAACUAAAACAGAUUGUAUGAAGGUGCUACGGGAGGUUAAGGUGCUGGCCGGGCUUCAGCAUCCUAAUAUCGUAGGCUAUCACACUGCUUGGAUAGAGCAUGUUCACGUGGCCCAAAGGCAAGCAGAUAGAAUUUCUAUUCAGUUGCCAUCUCUGGAGGUGAUCUCCGACCGGGAGGACCCCAGAGAUCACUAUGAUGUUAAAAGUGAUGAAAGUAACAGCUCAUCCGUUAUCUUUGCCGAAUUCACCCCAGAAGAAGGAAAAUCCUUAGGUGAAGCUGGUGUCGAGAAUCAGAAUAACAGAUUGGUGCAUUACACCACCAAUUUAGUUACAAGAGAUGCCACUGAAUUUGAAUCGUCCCCUGAGCUCCAAGAAAAAGGCUUGGUUGACGGGUCUUCCAGAUCAAUGGCUGGGCAUCCCCUGCCGCUCAGACAUAAUUCAGAUGUGGAAGAGAAUUUCUUCUCCACUGAGUCUUCUGAAGAAAACUUAAACUUGUUGGGGCAGACAGAGGCGCAGUACCACCUGAUGCUGCACAUCCAGAUGCAGCUGUGCGAGCUCUCGCUGUGGGACUGGAUCACGGAGAGAAAUGUCCGGGGCCGGCAGAGUGUGGACGAGUCUGCGUGUCCUUAUGUUAUGGCCAGUGUUGCAACAAAAAUUUUUCAAGAAUUGGUGGAAGGUGUAUUUUACAUACAUAACAUGGGAAUUGUUCACAGAGAUCUGAAGCCCAGAAAUAUUUUUCUUCAUGGCCCUGAUCAGCAAGUAAAAAUAGGAGACUUCGGCCUGGCCUGCGCAGACAUCAUACAGAAGAACACAGACUGGAGCAGCAGAAAUGGGAAGAGGACACCAAUGCAUACCUCCAGAGUGGGCACUUGUCUGUACGCAUCACCCGAGCAGCUGGAAGGAUCCGAGUAUGAUGCCAAGUCGGAUAUGUACAGCUUGGGUGUGAUUCUGUUGGAGCUCUUCCAGCCGUUUGGAACAGAAAUGGAGCGAGCAAAAGUUUUAACAGGCUUGAGAACUGGCCAGAUCCCUGACUCCCUCGGUAAAAUGUGUCCUGUACAAGCCAAGUACAUCCAGCACUUAACGAGAAAGAACUCAGCCCAGAGGCCGUCUGCCGUUCAGCUGCUGCAAAGCGAACUUUUCCAAAAUUCUGGAAAUGUGAACCUCACCCUACAGAUGAAGAUACUAGAGCAAGAAAAAGAAAUCAAGGAACUAAAGCAGCAGCUGAGCCUCCUGUCUCGGGACAGAGGGGUUAGGGAUGACGGGAAGGAUGAGGGGGUCGGUGUCUCACCUCAGCAGCCUCUAUAAGUAUGAAAGCGGACUGAAACUCUCUAGUCAACUGGAAUGUAAAUUUUCAAUCUCUGUUAGGGUAUAGAUGGUCUGAUACUUACCUGUGUUUAGUAAGCCUUAUUAAGGUGAGGUUGUGAAAGUACCCCGCUGCUUUUUCCUGCAGUAGCUCUUCAAGGCUGGCAUUCUGAACUCGAGGCCACACUAGAUGGAACCCGUUCUGCUCCUGCUCCUCUCCUGUCCUACCAGCUCCCUUCCCGGACCUCCUACUUUACUCUUGCCAUCUAGCCAGUCUCUAAAAUCGUGGGCUCUUUGGAGCUCUGCCUACUGACCAUAAAGUCCUCUAUAAGGUUCUACCGCAGAGACCCAUCACUGCCCAGGUGUGUGCACCAGCUGGACUGUUCCAGCUGGGACACUGCCUGUCUCCCUAACAACUCUUCCAUCCCCACUGCGGCCCGAGCCCAUUACCAGAAGGCCACUGGCUCUGAAGUGUCUGCUGCCCCUCGUCUCUGCACGGGCACAGCACCCAGCCUCUUUCUGUCGUCUUUGCCUUCACCUUGGCAUCAUCCCAGGCCCAGGCCCUUUCAAAGCUUUGUGCUCCUUUGUCCCCAAAAUGAUCUCGAAGCAGCUCCACCAGCAGUGUCUCCGCUUUUGCCCCCGCGGUGCUUCCUCCUUCAGCACAGACUCGGUUCCCCACCAUCCGCAUUCCCCAGAGGCAGUGACGUCACACGUUCCUGUUUGUAUCCCAGUGUGCCUGCCACGUAGCUGGCAGUUGUCACAGUACACUGCACACGGUGUUGCUGGAUUUUAAAUAAAAGGAAAACCACAGAUUAA